GCAGAGGGGUGGCACCUUGAAAACACGCGCAGAGCAGCCAGCAAAGUAGAAACCGGCCAGUUGUGCGACCGUUAUCUGUCCGCAGAAGACAGUAGAAGUGACAGUUGUAGUAAAAUAGCGAUAACGUAACUAGGGCGAGUCUUAGGAAACUAUCUGCUUUCCAGUUACGCUGCCAAGCCUUUGUCAGCUAAUUCAUUAGGUUAUACUCGCACGCUACUGUUUUACGAAAACACCGUUAUAGCCUAGGUACCAGACGCACUUUUAUAGUAGCCGCCUGACUCUUAACAGCAAUUAUGGUGGACCGUGAGCAGCUGGUACAGAAAGCCAGGCUGGCUGAGCAAGCGGAGAGAUACGACGACAUGGCGGCUGCAAUGAAAGCCGUAACCGAGUUAAAUGAGGCACUAUCAAAUGAAGAAAGAAACUUGUUGUCGGUUGCAUACAAGAAUGUUGUUGGAGCACGGCGUUCAUCUUGGAGGGUUAUUAGUAGUAUUGAACAAAAAACCUCAGCUGAUGGAAAUGAAAAAAAGAUUGAAAUGGUACGGGCAUACCGUGAAAAAAUUGAAAAAGAGUUGGAAGCUGUGUGUCAAGAUGUGCUGAAUCUUCUGGAUAACUUCCUGAUCAAGAAUUGCAGUGAAACACAAUAUGAAAGUAAAGUGUUCUACUUAAAAAUGAAAGGGGAUUAUUACAGAUAUCUUGCUGAAGUGGCCACUGGUGAGAAAAGAGCGACCGUGGUUGAAUCUUCAGAGAAGGCUUACAGUGAGGCUCAUGAGAUAAGUAAAGAGCAUAUGCAGCCUACUCAUCCCAUAAGGCUGGGCUUAGCUCUAAACUAUUCUGUAUUCUACUAUGAGAUACAAAAUGCUCCUGAGCAGGCUUGCCACUUGGCUAAGACUGCUUUUGAUGAUGCUAUUGCAGAGCUGGAUACCUUGAAUGAGGACUCCUACAAGGACUCAACACUCAUCAUGCAACUUCUUCGUGACAACCUAACGCUGUGGACAAGCGAUCAACAGGAUGAUGAUGGGGGCGAAGGCAACAAUUAAGACCAAUUAAUGGACUGUCAGCCGCACGCAGAUGCUACUACCGCAGUCUUUAUUUUUUUUCCCACAAGUGGGGGGUUGAGGGGUGGGGGAGGGUUUGGAAGGGACAACCUCCCCAGGGUGGCCCCUUCCACCUGUCUUUGAUUGCCUCUUCGACAUUUUGCCAAAACACCACGAGUGGAAAGUUAGACUGGCUGUGCUGGUAUGGAAUGGCAGCCUAACACUGGCACAAGGACUGUUCUGUAGUUAAUACAAGUGGAGCUGUUUUUAAUUUUAAGUUAUCGCUAGGCAUAAUUAGAAAGAGUUUUAAGAGUAGAAAUAACUUAAAUGGAAUGGCUUUUUUUUUAAUACAAAAUAGUUUUUGUGGUUCCAGUAAGUUAUUUUAUAUUUAUUUUUUAGCUGUAUGCACGUCUUAUCCUUCUGCUUUAUACAUGUUUAUUUAAUAUGUUGCGUUUAUGUACUUUAUGCAGUUUACCUGUUGCAGCAUAGUUUACAUCCAUUUUCUCAGAUGAUUAACUGACAGUAUUCACUCUAAAUUAUUAACAAUUCCUACAAGACAAGCUGUUUUUCUAUGCUGACGCAUUAAAUUAUGUCAAGUUUUGAUUAUUUUUUUUUACACACUUAAACAUUAUUUCAAAAGUGGUAACUGUUUUGGAUUCAUCUCUAUAGUGGCUAGUAGAAAAUAAGUGGGUAAAUCAGAUAUGGACAAAAUAAAUGUAGGCUAUAACCUUCUGAAUUUUGUUUGUUCAAAGAAAAAGAAGAUAUUCAGGUUUGCUUGUACUAUACAUAGCAGCAUCUUUGUGGAAGAUACUGUAAUUCCUACACACUAGCAUUUUCCACUUGUUCACAACUGCCAUAUGCAUGGAGGAUCUGGUAUCAUAUUAGGAUACAAAUUGUACAGUAGCAUGUAUUAGUUUUAAUGGGGCAUGGAAACCCUUGAUAUAUUAUUAUUAUUGCUCUAUCACUCUAUUAUGAGCUCAAUAGUAACUUGUUGCACACAUUUAGACUUCAAAUGAAUAUUUGGAGGUGCAAACCAAACCUUUAUUAUACUUCUGUUGUUUGUAAUAUCACUGUGUUUUGACGGGGAUCUACAACGCAUUGUAAAUUUAAUAAUGGAUUCAUUUUUAAUUUGAUUGGAUUUUUUUAUCCCCCCACAAAUUCUGUGUGUUGAUUAUCCAUUUUAAUGGUUAACGCAAUGAAGUUAAACAAAAUCUACUAUAAAUUUCAUGGAAAUAUUUGUAUCCAAUUAAGCAAUGAAAGCCAGAUAUUCAUUAUCACAAAAUAAAAUGCUUGCUCUCA